CGAGCGAGGCUAUCAAUGGAGAUACCGGCGGCACGGAAAGGAGGCGAUCGAGUUGGCGAGGGCCGCGAUGCGAUUCAAGCCCCUGAGUCGCGGUGCGGUGGGGCCGACGCUGGGCAGGCAGGCAGGUCCACCCGUUUAACGUCCAAUGCCCCUUGGCAAGCAAGCAAGCAAGCAAAGCACGGUCGACUUCCUAUUCUCCAUCUAUACCACCUUCCUCUUUCAUCAGCAUGGCUCCUGUUUCCUAGCUCGAUCCUCCUCCUCUUCUCGGCGUCGCUUUUUCCUUCUACCUCAUCCCUACCUCACGACCCGGCUCCACGACUUCUCUCUCUCUCUCACACGUCCUCACGUCCUCUCACGCCUCAUCACGACUCGCACAUCCCUCCCUCGCGUCCUCGUCGCACCAUUGUUUCUACCCGGUAACGAAUACACGGCAAUAGAAGAACAGCGUCUCAUCAACGACACAGACCUCGAGUGAGCCCACCGGCUAGCGCGAACAAGCAUGGGACUCAACUCGACCUGUCCUCACGCGCCCGAGGCACCCUUGGACCCCGUUCCCUUUUUGGUGGAUGGUCAGCUCAACUUCAAGACUCACGAUGUCGGAUGGCUGCUAUCGGGCAUCUUCACCUUGAUCACAUGGUGCGCCAGUAUCUGGCUCAUCGUCAAGCACUUGACGUAUUACACGUGCCCGCCUCAACAGCGACAUAUUGUGCGGAUGCUCUUCAUGCCGCCCGUGUAUAGCGGUGUGAGCUUUGCGGGGUACCUAUUCUACAGGCAGGCGCUCUAUUACGAGACCAUCCGGGACUGCUAUGAAGCGGUGGUGAUCACCUCCUUCUUCUACCUCCUCCUCCAAUACGUAGGCGAUACCCGCGCUGAGCAGCACGAAGUCUUCAGGCAGGUCAAGCUGGAGAAAUGGUUUUGGCCUAUGGGUUGGUGGAAGUACAGGCCGGAUGGGCUUCACUUCUUGUGGUUGAUGAAGAUCUCCAUCCUACAGUACGCCAUUGUUCGCCCUCUGUGCACCAUCUUCGCCGUCGUGCUGGAGGCGCUGGACCUGUACUGCAUCGAGAGCUGGAUGCCCAACUUUGGGCACAUAUGGAUCAGUCUGGCCAUCUCCAUCUCUGUGACCAUUGCCAUGUACUGCAUCAUCCAAUUCUACCUCCCCAUUCAAACCCCCCUCGAACCCUACUCCCCCGUGCUCAAAUUCCUCGCCGUAAAGUCCGUCGUCUUCCUCACCUUCUGGCAAGCCACUUUCCUCUCCAUCCUAGCCUACUUCGAGGUCAUCCACGCCACGGACCAUAUGACCUCCCUCGACGUCCAAGCGGGCAUCAACGCCUUGCUCGAGACGUUCGAGAUGGUCAUCUUCUCGCUACUGCACAUCAAGGCGUUCACGUACUUGAUCUACCGGCCGGCGGAUAGGAGCAGGAAAACCAGUAAAUGGAGGGCGUUGCUGGACGUCUUGGACUUUAGGGAUUGGGCGAGGCAGAUGGGCGAGAGUGGGCGAUAUGUCAUGGCCAAGUCGCGGGGUAGAGACGAUAUGGUUACGAAGGUGGAUGAGAUUCGCGCAGAGAAGCAUCGCCAUCUUGUUAGGGCGUUGGGUAGGGAGAGAAGCAAGGCGUUGGCGGUUGAGUUGGCGACGGAGAAGGGAGGGGAGAAGGGGAUGCAGAUUCCUUGGAAGGAUCCUCCUCCGCCGGGGAGCCAGGGUACGGGAACGGCUGGGACGGACUAUGAUGAGGAGAAGUCGAUGAGUAUGGUGAUGUCGAGGGGACUUGAGGGAGAGCUGGAUGAUGAGGAGGAGGAAGAAGGGGAGUCGCUGAGCUAUGCCAAGCGCGGAGUGGCUCAUCCGGAGCUGGCGCAGUACCAUCGUCCGCACCGUGGAGCUGAACAGGAUGAUGACGACGACGAAGAGCCAGCUAGCCACCUCGAGCCGCCCGCACCUGGUCGCCGUCACGCCUGGUGGAGAGCCCUACGGGAACGUCUCUCCGGCUCCCACUACGAAGACGCCCGCGACCAAGCCGUAGACGGAGAAGGGGAUCGUCCCGCCUCUCCGCUCCUCGACGAGUCACCCCUCUCGCGAAUCAUCACCUCGAGCGGGCAGAGCGGGCAGAGCGGGCAGAGCGGGCAGAGCGGUAGCAGUCAAGAGGACGAGGCUCUAUCCAAUCCUCGCCUCUACCAAUCGUGGGGACCGCAAAGGGCCACAAUCGACUCAACAUCGGCGCAGCAUGAGCCGCAAGUCCUGCGAGAGGAUGCGCCUACACUGAGCCGUUUUGCCCUCCCGCCAAGGAGAAGCAGCAGGGACGUCUCCGCGAGCCCGCAUCAGCCGUCUACCCCUUCUCGCAUCAGCUUCUCAGGCCCUACCCAUGCAUCAGAGCGGGCUUCCCAAGCUCAUGCAAGGGCGUCGCCACCAUCGACCUCUGCGUCCUCUUUUGCGACUGCGCCAGGUAGCGUGGCACCUCCUACCGCGGUAAGCCGGCAGGGCUCAGUGAUGCCCACUUCAUCUGCUGUGGGUCCCAAGGGAAAGAAGAUCGAGAUCCGAAUUCCAGAUCCCUUGAGCCCGGCACGCUACCCAUAUGGAGCUACAACGACUGCGCCGCCUCAGGCUCAACGUCAAUCUCAGUCGAACCAGCGACCGAGCGCUAGGCGAUCAAUGCCGUCGACCUCUUCGUCUUCUAGACCUACCUCGAGCUCCAAUCUGGGGCCUGAUUCGAGACGCACUUCCUUACCUCCUCCUCCAGCUCAGCCGUCUCAGCGCCAACCGGAUGGAUUCGGUGGCUUCGUGGUGGGGCAGAUCGUGAGCCCAGCGGAGAGGAUGGAGGCGGCUUGGCGCAGUGGUAGUGGCAGUGGCAGCGGCAGUGGCAGCGGCAGUGGCAGCGGCGGUCAAGGUAGCGGUGGUACCGGUAGACGACAGUCGUUGCGUGGCGCUACGACUUACGAUCGAUGGACUGGUGAGCCUGAGAGGCAGCAGCAGCAGCAACGUCGACAGCGCCAGCAGUCUCGCUUGGAGACUCAUUACAAGGUCGAGUACGUUGAUGAUGAUUGAUGAUUGUUUCUGUAGCUUGGCAAAUGUCCAAUAUCACGAUACCAU